GGUCCGUAGGGGUAGUCCAUGGACUGGUCCGUAGGGUGGUGCGCGGACCCGGUCCGCUGUGGGGGUCCGCGGACCGGACCGGGGGUCAGUAUUUUCGGGUUACCCAUGGUCAAAUUAAAUUUAAAUUUGAAUGAUAGCCAAAACUUUUUCUUCGCUAAAUAAAACCCAAAAUUCCUAAGUUAGCCGUCAGAAGAGACCAACACAACUUAGGAAUGGUAUAUAAAUUUUUGGUCAGCCAGCCACGAUGAAUUUUUAUGGUGUCGUUUUAGGCGUUUUAUGUGAUCUUUAAAUUGGUGGACGAUGGGGGCCUUGACCCAGUAAGCACCAGUCCUCUCGCAACUAAUUCAAGAUGGCGGACACAACAGAGAAAGCCGGCGUGCCAUGAGUUCAGUAUUUGAAUGGCAAUGCCGGUUGCUUGUCUACGAGUAAGAGGUGGAAAAAACAAAUGACGUAAAGAUGAGUCUAUGUUAUGAGGGAAAAGUCAUUUUAGCACCAAUGGUUCGAAUUGGUACUUUGCCUACGAGACUGCUUGCUCUCAAAUAUGGUGCUGAUAUUGUAUAUGCUGAGGAGAUAAUUGAUUUCAAAAUUCUCAAGACAACACGUAUUGAAAACAACAUUCUUGGCACAAUCGAUUUUGUUCUCACUGAUGGGACAGUGGUGUUUAGGACUUGUGAAGCAGAAAAACCACAUGUUGUCUUCCAAAUGGGUACAGCAGAUCCAGAAAGAGCUCUGAAAGCUGCGAAACUUGUGGAAAAUGAUGUGGCUGGAAUUGAUGUCAACAUGGGUUGUCCUAAAGAUUAUUCAGUGAAGGGAGGAAUGGGAGCAGCUCUGUUAACUCAACCAGAGAAUGUUUACAAGAUCCUUACAACACUUGUGCAAGGAGUUUCAAAGCCAGUGACAUGCAAAAUACGAAUUUUGCCCACGAUUGAAGAGACAAUCGCUUUUGCUAAACUGGUGGAAAGUACCGGUAUCGUUGCUCUGGCAGUCCAUGGCAGAGAAAAGCACGAGCGGUCCCGAGAUCCAGUGCACACGAACGUGAUACUAGAAGUUGCAAAGGCCGUCUCUAUACCUGUGAUUGCCAAUGGCGUCUCUUUGAUGGUGAAAACAUUCGACGACAUUGAAAAAUGUCGACAAGAGACAGGCUGUUCUUCUGUGAUGCUGGCGAGAGCAGCGCAGUGGAAUCCGUCAGUUUUCAGGAAAGAGGGCCGCUUGCCCGCUACUCAAGUUAUAACAGAGUACAUUAAACUGGCUGUGGACUUUGACAAUAACUUUGGAAAUACAAAAUACUGUCUUCAACGACUGUUGCAUGAAGACACCACCUCGACAGAAGCAAGGCAGAUGCUGCACACAAGUGAUAUGCGAGAAAUCUGGGCUGUGGACUUUGACAAUAACUUUGGAAAUACAAAAUACUGUCUUCAACGACUGUUGCAUGAAGACACCACCUCGACAGAAGCAAGGCAGAUGCUGCACACAAGUGAUAUGCGAGAAAUCUGUGAAAUAUGGAAUCUUGUCCCUUAUUAUGAAACAGUACUUCAGAGGAGGAAAGUGUUAAUGGAAACCAUUGAAAAAGAUGAGAAUGAGAAGAACAAGAAAAGAAAAUUGUCAGAUACAUUAAGUGAAAUUACUGAAAUGAGGGUCAAAUAUCUCAGAAAAAUUUACUCCAGUGGUGUCACGCCUAAAACAGUCCUUAUGGAUUGGACACGGCGCAACGGUAUCAAGCAACCCUCUUACGAAAUGAUUGAAAGGGAGGAGGACAGAUGGUUUAAGAGUAUUGUACUUGUGGGUGACAAGAAAUAUUCUUCGACAGAAUGGGAAUGCAGUAAAAAAGCCGCUGAGCAAGCUGCUGCUAUCGUUUGUUUACAAUCACUGGGUGUCCACGACGGACGAUCAAAGGAAGAAACCACGUGAUGUCAGUGGAGGUCUCUUCAGAUCAGGAAAAGCAUACAUGCGAACUAAAAAGAGAUCGUCUCACAAAAACUCGUCUUCUCAAACUGCCGUACCGCUACUGAAGAAAACUGUGGAUUAAGGGAGUGAAAUAUCCAAGUCUAUGAUGGCAAUGGAAAUACUUCUUUUCCUUUGCGAGAAUACAUGGAGUUACAGGAACAGAAGGAAAAUGAGAGCUUGAUUCAACUUCUUCACGCAUCUUCCUUUCCCGCAGAACUCGCUUUCGUUCCUUCUCGUUCAGUUUUCUUAACAAUGAGUACUUGCAAGCUAUUAUAGUGGUAGUGACAACACUGACAAUGACGUUGUCGAUAACGAUGGUGAUGGAUGAUGACGUGGAAUAUCGUCAUGGUAAUCUUGACAAUAUCGUCUGUUUAUCAUUUGCCGUUUAUUUGUGCUGCUCCUUUACGAAUCGAAUGCCUUGAAUAGGCAUUCAAAUAUUGGAAUAAUGGACUCUCGAAAAGCAGGAACUAAAUUUAUUCAUUUUACUGACCUUUACUCUACUAAGAGAGCCACCUAUCGUUUUUGUUUUCCCGAGAAGAUCAGACUUAUAACAACAUCGACUGUCAAACACUUUCACUUGACUCUCAGAUGCUCUUAGUGAAGGUGACUUCUGCUCAGGUUAUCAAAACGUCAGUCACCAACAACAGUUCUUUUUAAAACUACACCCUUAGCCAGACGGCCACACAAGAUGAACUGCCAACCCAACUGUGGUACCAUUUUAUUUUAAUUUCAAUUGAAUUUCAUUUAGGUACAGAUAUUAUACGUGUAUGUUUACGCGAAUGGGCUUAGAAAAGACGAAAGAGCUGCUCUUAAUUCUUAUGAUGAAUAAUCUUCAAGUAUACUUAUUAAGCUUGUGUUCCUUGCAUGUUUGUUCUUAUGUAGGCUUUAUUCUCAAAGUUGUAAAUGCACGUAAAGCCACUCGGACUGUUCAGGAGGGUGAAAUUUGCGUUUCAGGGUCGGCUUUUUCUAAGUCCUUUUGGGAUCUCUAAAGCUGGGAGUGAUCUAAAAAUAACUUGAGGGAUCAGUUCGCAAAGGAAUAAGGUCUGCUUGGUAAAUAAACUCUCAGUCUUCAUCGUCUCUUUGGAGAAUUAACCAAUAUGUUAGUAGCCGUGUUUUACUGACUUGUCGGCAGACAACUCAGCAUUUUUAGACCAACUUUCGCAUCUUGUAGAUUCUCAAUCAUCGUCCCUUAAAAGUUCUGUAACAUUUAUUUUAUCACUCUAGUCACCCUAUAGUGUUACACCACAUAUGACCAGUUCUAGAUUGAUUACCGUAAAGCCAAAAUCUUCGGUAAUCAAAUCACAAUUACAGUCAGACAAUUCAUUGAACCAAUCAAAACUCAAAGAAAAUAUAUAUAGCUGGCCCGAAGCGCGGGAAAACGUGUGCGAGCGAGGUUUUGGUUUUACUUCUGAUAGCAAUUGGAUGCAAAGUGAUGCGAGGUUUUGGAGUCAAUCGCUUUGUUUAGUAAUUGGGAAUGUUAUCAGACCAAAACAAAUGCGAAUGAAAUUACUUUCGAUACUCGAGUGAAAACCGUUCUGACCGUAAACACUCCAUACUUGCAGAAAGAAAAGUAUCAAAUACCAUAACCUGUUUAUUGGAAAUUCAGUAUAGCUUCGUUGGCUCCUCGCAAAACUUUGUUGACAUAAUCUUACUGUUUCGUUAAGAGUUUACUACACUGUGCGUGGAUACAGGUAUUAAUAUGUCUAUAUGUAAACUAUGCAUAUUAAAUUCGUAUUAAACGAAUGAA